AUGGCUGGUUCAGGUGACAUAACUCCAGAUGAAAGUCUUUAUCCCAUUGCCGUUCUUAUUGAUGAAUUAAGAAAUGAAGAUGUUCAAUUACGUUUGAAUAGUAUCAAAAAAUUAUCAACAAUUGCAUUAGCACUUGGUGUCGAACGAACAAGAUCAGAAUUAAUACCAUUUUUAACAGAUACGAUCUAUGAUGAAGAUGAAGUAUUAUUAGCUCUCGCUGAACAGUUAGGCACAUUCACACAAUUAGUAGGAGGAGACAGUUAUGUUCACGUUUUAUUGCCUCCAUUAGAAAGUUUAGCACAAGUAGAAGAAACAAUUGUUCGAGAUAAAGCUGUUGAUUCAUUACGUUUAUUAGCUCCACAACAUUCAACAACCGACUUAGAAACAUAUUUUGUACCCACUGUAAAACGUUUAGCACAAGGUGAUUGGUUUACGUCACGAACAUCAGCAUCUGGUCUGAUUAGUGUUUGUUAUUCAAGGGUAUCAAAUCAUGUCAAAUCGGAACUAAGACAAUUAUUCAAAAGUUUAUGUCAGGAUGAUACACCAAUGGUUCGUCGUGCAGCUGUAUCUAAAUUAGGUGAAUUUUCGAAGGUAGUCGAAACGGAAUACUUGCGUACAGAUUUAGUUGGCUUGUUUACAAAUUUGGCUAAUGAUGAACAAGACAGUGUCCGGUUGUUGGCUAUUGAAGCUGGUAUUGCAAUGGCAUCACUAUUUCGUCAAGAUGAUUUAGAAGCACAAAUGAUGAAUACAUUAAGAGGAGCAACAGAAGAUAAAUCAUGGAGAGUUCGAUACGUGGUAGCUGAUAAAUUAGUUGAACUUCAAAAGGCUGUUGGAAAUGAAAUAACAAAAAAUGAUUUAGUUAGCGCCUAUUGUUCACUAUUGAAAGAUCCUGAAGCCGAAGUACGAGCUGCUGCUGCAAGUAAAUUAAAAGAUUUUUGUAAUCAAUUACCUCAAGAGACACGUGAACAAAUCAUUAUGUCACAAAUUCUACCAUGUGUCAAAGAUAUGGUAACUGACAUGAAUCAACACGUCAAAUCAGCUUUAGCUAGUGUUAUUAUGGGAUUGUCACCAAUUUUAGGAAAAGACAAUACAUUGGAACAUUUAUUACCAUUGUUUUUGAGUCAGUUGAAAGAUGAUUGUCCUGAGGUUCGAUUAAAUAUUAUAUCUAAUUUGGAUUGUAUCAAUGAGGUUAUUGGUGUUCGUCAAUUAAGUCAAAGUUUAUUACCAGCUAUUGUUGAAUUGGCUAGUGAUGCUAAAUGGCGUGUUCGAUUAGGCAUCAUAGAAUAUAUGCCGUUACUUGCUGGACAAUUAGGACCGGAAUUUUUUGAUGAGAAAUUAAGCAGUCUUUGUAUGAGUUGGUUAACAGAUCAUGUUUAUGCCAUUCGUGAAGCAGCAACAAAUAAUUUAAAGAAAUUAGUAGAAAAAUUUGGGCGUGAUUGGGCUCAAAAUACCGUUAUACCAAAAGUCAUACAAUUAGCUCGUGAUCAAAAUUAUUUAUAUCGAAUGACGUGUUUAUUUGCUAUUAAUGUAUUAGCUGAAGCUUGUGGUCAAGAAAUAACUCAACGUAUGAUGUUACCAACAGUUAUAACAUUGGCUGGUGAUGCUGUGGCGAAUGUCAGAUUUAAUGUUGCUAAAACACUUCAAAGAAUAUAUCCUGUUCUAGAUGGAAGUGCAUUAGCCAUGCAUGCUAAACCAUGUUUGGAAAAAUUAACACAAGAUGGUGACUUUGAUGUACAACAUUUUGCCAGUGAUGCGUUAGAAACUGAACAAUGUACUCUGAUGACAAACACCUCCACAAGUGAAAUAUCUCUUGCAUUACACGAAUUGUCUCAGUUUUUAUAUCCGACUGAACGUCUAGAUGUAAAAGCGUUAUCAAUACACACAUGUUUAGCAUUAACAGCUACCAAAGAAGGUCGACAAUCGUUAAUCAAUGAAUCGGACGACAAAUUUUUAACACAAAUAUGUACACUGUUACUCGAGGACAACCAAGAAUCUAUUCGUUUUGAUUGUUUAUUGUUUUUAAUUAAUUUAACAGCCGAUGAAGAAAUUAGUUUAAAACUUACAACAAAAAUAACAGAUGAUAAUUUUUGGUUUCAAAUACUCAGCAAAUUGUUGAAUCCUGACUAUGAACAUGCCGAUGCUGCAUGUAAACUAUUGUCCAAUAUGACUCAUUCAGUAGAAAACGGUGAAUAUUUUAUUAAAUACUAUGAUGAAAAAUAUCCAAAAUGGAUUGAGGAUAUAAUCGAAGCAUUUUUGACAAUUAAUUUUAACAAAAAACAGAAUAAACUUGAUUAUUUAAGUGCUAUAUUAGCGAAUUUAACUCAAAUAAAGUCAUUUCGAAAACGUUUAUUACAAGAUGGAGAGGGAUUAUCUUCAAAACAUAGUAUGCUUAGAAAAUUGUUUUGUUUUACAAAUUCAACUUAUUCAACGAUUAGAAGAGGAAGUGUGGCAUGUAUAUUAAAAAAUUGUUGUUUUGAUCAUGAAUAUCAUUACCAUUUACUUAAGGAAAACGAUGAUUUUCUAUGUGCGCUGUUACAUCCAUUAGCUGGACCAGAAGAUUUUACCGAUAAAGAAAAUGAAGAAUUACCAGUUGAUUUACAAUAUUUACCACCGGAUAAAGUAAGAGAAAAAGAUCCGGAUAUUAAAAAAAUUUUGCUCGACGCUCUACUUAUGCUUUGUACAACAAAAUCAGUUCGUCUAUAUUUUCGUCGUAAAAAUGUUUAUUUAAUAUUACGUGAAUAUCAUCAACAAGAGACGAAUCGUGUUUUAGAUCUUUUGUGUGAGAAAAUAAUUCAAAUUUUAAUUGGGGAUGAAACACCGGAAUAUGAUAAUCUUUUAACAGAUGUUGAUAUUCCAAAUGAUCUCGUUCAAAAGUUUGAACAAGUCGAUCAAAAGGAAGCAGAUGAAAUAUCAAAACAACCGGAUUAA